AUGGCAGACGCCGGUGAGAGUCCGCCGACCGGCAGCGGCACGAUGCUCCUCAUCUUGAUCCAGGUGGCGUCACGAGCACUUACAUUCAUCGGCAAUCAGUUCCUACUACGCUUCCUGUCGCCAUCACUACUCGGCAUCGCUGUCCAAGUCGAGCUUGUCUCUGUGACUAGCCUCUACUUUGCUCGCGAGAGUCUUCGAGUAGCACUGCAGAGGCAACCUGCCGCCUCCUCGGGGUUGAGUACAGGCGAGGGCCAGGGUCCGGGAAGAGCAACGCAGACAGUCAUCAACCUGGCUUAUCUUGCUGUCCUGCUGGGCUUUCUCAUCUCAACAGCUUUUGGCUACUCAUAUCUCCGUGGGGCACCUUCAGAAGUCCUUGAAAGCCCCUAUUUCAUCCUUUCAUCCCAGAUCUAUGCUCUUGCAACAUGGACUGAACUUCUUGCUGAACCGGCGUUCGUGGUCAUCCAGCAGAAAGCACUGUAUGCCAAUCGAGCUCGUGCAGAGACGCUCGCGGCCAUCGCACGUUGUUUCGCAGCAUGCAGUACGGCCGUGGCAGCUCACAAGCAGCGUCUCGAGCCAUCUAUCUUGCCAUUCGCCGUUGGUCAGUCGGCAUAUGCCCUUGUGUUGCUGACAUUGUACUUCCUCCCUAUCUUCCAUCUCUCAAGGGACGCGAAGUUUAGCCUCACUCCACGCGAGAUCGUAAUUUCUCCCGCAAGAGGAGAAUCUGGCAAUGAAGAUGCCGGAUACUAUGGGCGGCGAUUUCACAAGGCGAUCCUCGGUCUCGCUGCGACGAUGUACUUACAAUCUCUUUUCAAACUCCUCCUCACACAAGGAGAUGCCUUGAUACUGUCAUUUCUCUCCUCGCUAUCAGACCAGGGGGCAUUCGCCCUGGCGUCGAACUAUGGUGGAUUGCUGGCUCGUUUGGUCUUCCAGCCCGUUGAAGAGAGUAGUCGGAAUACCUUUGGCCGGUUACUAUCUUCGACCAACACGGUAUCCUCCUUCUCAUCGGGGCACGAUUCUGUCCAUACGCACUCCCAGCACACCAGAACCAAGCAACAAUUUACGGCGGAAAAUGAGUCGACGAAAGCCAACAAUCGAGAAGCACUCGCCUAUCUAUCCAAGACGCUACACUUCUAUAGCAUCCUUGCGCUUCCUCUACUUAGUAUCGCGCCACAUGUCCUUCCUCUUGUCGUUACCUACAUCAUCGGGGCAAAGUGGUCCAGCACGUCUACGGCUUCACUGCUAUCAACUUAUUGUUAUUACAUCCCUCUCAUGGCUGUGAAUGGCAUCUUGGACGCAUUUGUCACAUCCGUGGCCAGUCCAGCACAAUUACGCUCUCAGUCUGUAUGGAUGCUGUUCUUCACCGGCCUUUACGGAGUCGCUGCAUGGACAAUGCUCAAUCGCUUCGACCUUGGUGCCGCGGGCCUGGUGGGCGCGAAUAUGGUCAACAUGGCCCUGAGGAUUGCGUGGAGCAUAGUCUUUGUGCGGCAAUGGGUGCAAGAGCGCGAAACUCCCGGCGACAACGGACUACUCAGGACGAUGGUCAAGGAAAGCUUGCCUGCGCCUGCGUCAAUUGCAGUCGCCGGACUUGUCGCUUUAAUACUCAAAAUCCAUCCUGCAACUGGAGGAAGGACUUGGGACAACAAUAUGCUGAAUGGAGAAUCUCUAGGCUUACUCAGUGCAGGAACUACUAUAUUGGGAUCGACCAUGUGA